UGGUAUGUGUGGGGGCGUAAGACUAGUAAGGCGUGGUUUUUUUGUGGGAGUGGCUCAUUUGGCAUUUCCAGAAAUGCUUACUGUUCUCAUUCUUUUCUUUAUAAUUCCAAUCCUUAUUUUUAUUAUAUGGUACAGACACUAUUAUAUUCCUUAUAAGGUAUUCAGUAGGUUAGGUAUAGCCCAUCCUCCAGUGGAACCUUUUACUGGUAACGUUAAUGGAAUACUGAGGCAGGGUAUUAUUGAGGCUUUAAAUAAUGAUAUCAAUAAAUAUGGUAAAGUAUUUGGGUGGUACAUUGGUACUGAUAAGUGGAUGAUUGUUGCUGACCCAAACAUGCUAAGAGAAAUAUUCAUUAAGAGCUCGGAUCACUUUAACCAGAGACCA